CACAAUAUAUAGAGGCUUCAGCUCCUCUUCCAAUUCCCAAUCCCACUGCUCUUUCUCUCCUCACUUUCAUUUCUAUCACCUCUUUUAACUCAUUCCAUUUUUUUUACCUUUCUCUCUUACUAGACUGCAUUUUUUGUGUUCGAUACCAAAUGGGUUUCUCUUUUUAGUUUUAGAAACUUGAAGGAAACCCCACUCUGCUGCAGAAAGAGAUCUGUUUUUGUUUCAACUUGAAACUUGAAUUGUGUCUUUUGAUAAGUUUGAAUGUACAUGGAGAAGUUGAUGAGGCUGAUUGAAAUGACUCCUUUACUUCUGCUGCUUUUUCUUCCUUCUGCUUUUGCUGGACAUGACUAUAACCAAGCUCUGAGCAAGAGCAUUCUGUUCUUUGAAGCUCAGAGAUCUGGUUACCUUCCUCAUAACCAGAGAGUUACGUGGAGAGCCAAUUCCGGCUUGAAUGACGGCAAGGCCAGUGGGGUGGAUCUGGUUGGAGGGUACUACGAUGCAGGGGACAAUGUGAAGUUCGGACUGCCCAUGGCAUUCACCAUAACAAUGAUGUCCUGGAGUAUUAUAGAGUACGGGAAACAAAUGGGUGCCAAUGGAGAGCUCGGCCAUGCGAUGGAAGCAGUCAAGUGGGGCACUGACUACCUCAUUAAAGCUCAUCCCGAACCUUAUGUCCUUUAUGGAGAGGUGGGCGAUGGUAACAGUGACCACUACUGUUGGCAAAGACCAGAGGAUAUGACCACCAACCGUCAUGCUUACAAGAUAGACCCAAGCAACCCUGGGUCGGAUCUGGCAGGUGAAACUGCCGCCGCCAUGGCUGCCGCCUCAAUCGUCUUCCGCCGUUCCAACCCUGCAUAUUCCACCGAGCUUCUUCGCCAUGCCCACCAGCUAUUCGAAUUUGCUGAUAAAUACAGAGGUAAAUACGACAGCAGCAUCACAGUUGCCCAAAAAUACUACCGAUCCAUCAGUGGCUACAAUGACGAGUUGUUGUGGGCCGCUGCGUGGCUGUACCAAGCUAGUAACAAUGAGUACUACUUGAACUAUCUUGGCAAAAAUGGUGAUUCUAUGGGUGGAACAGGUUGGGCCAUGACUGAGUUCGGUUGGGACGUCAAGUACGCUGGGGUUCAGACCCUUGUCGCCAAGUUCUUAAUGCAAGGCAAAGCUGGACUCCAUGCACCGGUGUUUGAGAGGUACCACCAAAAGGCAGAGUAUUUCAUGUGCUCAUUGAUCGGGAAGGGUGGCCGUAAUAUUCAGAAGACUCCCGGGGGUUUGAUUUUCCGACAGAGGUGGAAUAAUAUGCAGUUCGUGACUAGUGCUUCGUUCUUGGCCACCGUGUACUCUGACUAUCUCGCGUCCUCUAGGGGAAGCUUGAAGUGUGCUGCUGUCAAUGUUGCACCAUCUGAGCUUCUUUCUUUUGCAAAAUCUCAGGUGGAUUACAUUCUUGGAGACAAUCCAAGAGCAACAAGUUACAUGGUUGGUUAUGGGAACAAUUUCCCACGACAAGUUCACCACCGAGCUUCUUCAAUUGUUUCGUUCAAGGUUGACCCUAAAUUUGUUGCGUGCCGACAAGGCUAUGCCACUUGGUAUUCAAGGAAAGCAAGUGAUCCUAAUGUCCUCACCGGUGCUAUUGUCGGAGGACCUGAUGCCUAUGAUAACUUUGCCGAUGAAAGGGACAAUUAUGAGCAAACAGAGCCUGCUACCUACAACAAUGCUCCUCUUCUUGGCAUAUUGGCUAGACUUGGUGGUGCUCAUGGCGGUUAUAAUCAGCUCCUUCCUGUGGUUGUCCCAGCUCCUAAUCCUGUUGUUGCCAAACCAAAGCCGGCGCCAAAACCCAAAUUCACUCCAACCCCUGCUACAUCGUCUAAUCCAAUUACCAUAGAGCAGAAGAUGACAACUUCCUGGAAUGCCAAGGGAAAAACCUACUACAGGUAUUCCACAAUAGUGACCAACAAGUCUUACAAGACACUGAAGGAUCUCAAGCUUUCUAUAUCAAAGCUUUAUGGUCCUCUAUGGGGUCUCUCCAAGUCUGGCAAUUCUUAUGGUUUCCCAACAUGGCUCAACUCUCUACCUGCUGGAAAGAGUAUUGAGUUUGUAUACAUCCAUUCUACUUCUCCUGCUGAUGUCUCGGUUUCAAGCUACAAUUUGGCUUAAGAAUGAAAGGACCAACAACAAUGCUAUAGCAGAGUUAAAAAAUCCACUCUGUUUUCUGGGUUAUUGUGGUGCUUAGAGUUGUGCAGUAUACCGAAUACCUAUCCAAAAGAAAAAAAAAAAGAAAAGGGUUUUCUUCUCUUGUUUGGGGAUAUCCAACUUUACUUGUUGAUUAGGGUUGUAGGUGAUAUAUUAGGUAUAAAUAACAAUGAAGAUAGGAGGAGAAAGGAGUGAAGAGACAAAUUAAAAAGAAGAGCUCAUCCUCAUUCCCCUCUACUUCAUUAGUUUUUAUAUAUAAUAUUAUAGUAGGUAGAAUAGAAGACAUGAAAAAGAGUGAGAAUUGAGAAGUUAAACAAAUGGCUUCUCAAUAGAUUAAAAAGGAGUGUUUUUUAUUUGUGCUUCAGAGCAGAGCAAAUGUCUGUCUUUUUCCCUUCUAGUGUUGUGCUGUAAUCAAAGCUUUGCAGCAUUUUAUAAUUUCCAUAUAAAUACAGUUUGCACAACAAUGUGUUUUGUCCAA